AUGAAGUGGCAUUUCCUUACCGCCGCGCAAUGCUUUGUUCAUGCUGUGGUGAUUUACCGCCGUGGCCUUCACGAGGGCCAGCGGGAUCAAUUUGUAGAUGCGCCGAAUGGUCUCACAGCUGAGUUGCCCGCAGAUGGUUGGCAGGAACAGGCGGUACUGUGCGGUGAGGAAGACGCAAAUCCAGGAGAAACAGUUCCGCUGAGAUCGAAGCGGGGGAGGAAAGGCAAAGAGUGGCAGUCAUGUGAAGUCAUCGACGCAGAGAAAGAAAAGUCCCUACGCAUUUGUGCUCUGGACUGGUUAGCAAAGAAGGCGAUCAUCCACGACAAAUUGUUGCUGGGCAGUGUUGGAUUUAGGGCACGUUUUUGGAGCAUUUUCCAUUUUCCAGUUUUUGAAACUGAGUCUUUUUUUUUGAGCUGUCAAAGGAGCUCUUCAUCCCGGGACACCAAGCAAUGGCGAUUUUCCUGGCGCAAGAGGACAGCCAGAAUGGAAGUGGAGAUGACUGGGGACCACAAUGAGAAGCCAAUGAAAAAGAUCAAGCGAGUGCAUGCGAAGAAGUAUGGACAGAAUGCCACAGCGAGCCGUGCGCUCAUGCAGAUGGAGCGAGACGGUGCACCACAGGACCAUCGGCCAGCUUCUUGGCAACUCAAAAACUUUCGGAGGACAGAUCCGAAGACUACAGCAUGCCUGUUGGCUGAUUCGUUGGGAUCGUUGCGUUCCUUUGCGCAGAGCCCGCCAGAGAAUGUGGUGAUUGAUGAGUCCUCUGUGUUGUUGACAGAGGAUGAUGCCACGCAAGAAGACUUCAUCGAGAACCUCUUUGACAGUGUAUCAGAGCCGGCAUAUGAAGCAUUGCGCCAAUGGGAAGCUGAUCAGUUGAAUCUGGCGCUACAGCGGUCGCUGGAAGAGAACGAGGAGCAUAAAAGAGAAGUGGAGGCCAGCAAUAGGCUGAUUGACGGUCGCUUGAGAAGAGCUGCAAAAAGAACGCUCUCUGUUUUGGGCUAUGGCAACUGUCAGUUCAGCGCUGUGAUUGAGUCAGCCAAGCUCGCUAUGUCAGUUGGGCAGCUGCGGAGUGAGGCCAUUUUCCCCAGCUUCAAGGCAGACAGAGCAGAGUUGGAGCCGGCUGUCCAAGAGGAAGAGAGAACAUUGGAGUUGGAGCCAGCUAACCACCAAGAGGCAGAGAGGGCAUCGGAGGCAGAGCCAGCUGAGCAGGAGGCAGACAGGGCAUCGGAGGCAGAGUCAGCUGAGCAAGAGGCAGAGAGGGCAUUGGAGGCAGAGCCAGCUGAGCAAGAGGCAGAGAGGGCAUCGGAGCCAGAGUCAGCUGAGCAAGAGGCAGAGAGGGCAUCGCAGCCAGAGCCAGCUGAGCAAGAGGCGGAGAGGGCAUCGGACGCAGAGUCAGCUGAGCCAGAGGCAGAGAGGGCGUCGGAGGCAGAGUCAGUUGAGCAAGAGGUGCAGCAGCCUGCUUCUACUGACCCUGAAACGGCUUUACAGGCAGAGCCAGCUGAACAAGAGGACUUUGCGCGUACGCAGCAAACCGGCAGCGUGUCAACGUUCCAAAUCUUUGUGGGCGGGGAACUUUUGAUCACUGCGGAUGCUUCGGAGGCAGAGAGGGCAUCAGAGUCAGGGCCAUCUGAGCAAGAGGCAGGAAUGGCGUCAGCGUCAGUGUCAGAGCCAGCUGAUCCAGAAGCAAAAACAGCAAGCAUCAGCAAGCUCGUAGAUGCGGUGUUGCUCCAUUUGUUUGGAGUUUGUUGGCCAAGUUUGAUUGAUUGUCACUAUAUAUGUUUUCUCUUGCCCCAGAUUCUGCUCUAG